AUGUUUCCUUUCUUCUGCUUCAUCCUAGGUCUUCAGCUGACUCUGGGCUUGAAGAAAACAUCACAGUUUGAGGAAGCUACCUUGCUUCAGUUUAUGGGCCUGAAGAAGGUACCCUCACCCCGGAUAGUCCAACCUGUGCCCUUCAUCCUGAGGAAGAUCUUUCAGGAGAGACAGAAGGCUGCAGCCACAGGGCAAUACCAAAAGCUUUGCUAUGUGAAGGAGUUUGGGGUCCCUGGAAACUUAAUCCGUCUCUUCCAAGACCAAGGUGACCUUUUUUAUCCCAAGGAAGUGGACCAAGCUCCGCCAUGCACACAGAAGUUUCUUUUCUUCAACCUUUCAGUCAUCACCCAAGAUGAGCAGCUAAUGAUGGCCCAACUCCAUCUGAAGUUGGGGCUAAAUGCUUACAGUGCCCUGAAACAAGACCUGGAAUUAAUAGUGUCUCUAGUCCGAGGACCUAACUGUCAGUCAGACCAAAAGCUCCUGUUGAGCUAUCUUCCCUGGCCUCAAGGUGUUCUUCAUGUUGACCUGCUGGAUGUGGUUAAGAAAUGGAAUUCCAACCCCCAGAGUAACCUGGGAUUGAUGGUAGAAUUGCUUCCAAAAGGGGGUAGUGACUUUACAGGGACAAUACGCCCUCAAGAUAACUGUGACAACUGGAGGCAGUCCAUUCAGGCGUCUCUAAUGAUGGUGACUUUAACCCCUAAGGAAUGCCCCCGCUUUUCUCACUUUCCCCAAUUUCACAGGAAGAGGAGAGCCAUUCUUCCAAAACCUACAUCUGAGAACUUCUGCCGACGUCACCAGCUGGUCAUCAGCUUUAAAGAACUGGGUUGGCAGCAGUGGAUCAUUGCUCCCAAGGAGUUUAGGACCAACUACUGCAAAGGAGAUUGUCCUUUAUCACUUAUGAGCUUAUUUAACAGCUCCAACUAUGCUUUCUUACAGACUAUCAUGAAUUCUAGAACACCUGAAAUCCCCAAAGCUACUUGUAUCCCCACAAAACUUUCCCCCAUGUCCAUGCUUUACUAUGAUGGUGAUGGCAAUAUCAUUCUUCGGCACCAUAAGAGUAUGGUAGUUGAUGAAUGUGGUUGUGGGUAACGAAGCAUAGAGAGGAUGGAACAUAGAUGUGAAUGGUAGUCCCAAAGCCUAACAAACCUACCUACCCCUUAGUUUUCUGAUCUCUAGUAUAACCAGAGAAAUUAUGAUACAAGACUAUGGUGGAAGUAUGAGGGUAAACCAGAUUAAUCGCUUACUUGUCAGACUCUUUAGACCUUAAUCUUAUACUGUUAUCUAUGACAUCUAAAGAGAACGUGACAAAAGAGAAACCAGGAGAACAGCCAAAACAAAUAGCUUCCAGUCUCAAGAUUCAUUAUUCCUUUGCACCUUUUUCACCACAUCUACUCAGGGAAUCAGGGUUUUCUACAUCAAAACCAUUGAUAUUUUGUUCUACUUUUGUUCAUUGUUCCCAUUCUCCUCCCUUCCUGUCAAAUUCUCUCCAAAACCACAAGCUCGGUCAUGUGAAGUCCGGGUUAAUUCCCUGGAGGCCUCAGAAUCAGC